CCGUCUUCAUUCAGUGCCAAUUCGAUGUUCAGGAAACCACUUGCAGAUAUAAAGACUUCAGCGCCACUUAGAAACUCGGAUCGUAAAAAGUUGAAGCAACGCGUUCUGCAGGAUUAUUUGGAUCCCGCUCGAGUCGCCGAGGAACCAGAGCUUGGUGAUUUGCUCGUACCAGAUGGCCUGCUGUCCGUCAAGUUCACAACUCAUAGUGGUGAAUUGGGUGUUGCAUACCUCUCUGCUGAUGGCGAACCCCUUUGGUUCUCCCUAGGCAAGGGAAGCAACGACUUGAUUCCAACGGUGUACACACUAUGGAAGAAACCAUGCCUUCUCCCACACCUCUCAACUCCCUCCGCCGUAAUCCCAGUCCUGCAAAACGGAGCAGACUUAAUGGCAGCCGGAGUUGUCGAGAUGCCCAGCACGCCCGCCCUCGGACAACUCGUCUCCAUCACACAAUACACUAAAGGAGCGGUUGGCCCGCCACUUGCUGUCGGACGUAUGGCGAUGUCUGGAGAGAAAGUAAGGGAAGAAGACACAAAAGGGAAAGCAGUGUACGUGUUGCAUGUGUGGAAGGAUAAGCUAUGGGAGAUGGGUGGGCAGAGUGAGCCGCCUGAGCCGGAGGUUGUCUCUGAGGCUGUUUCCGUGGCUAUGGAAGGUGGGAAGGGAGGAGGAGAAGCGGAGGAGAUGGAUGAUGUAGAGGAGAAAGCUACGGGUGGAAGCGAACAAGUGAACAACGAGGAGGAGGAAGCUACUCCUCCUCCACCUUCCGAAGUAGAACCCGCUGCCGAAGAACAAGAAGGUGCAGCGCCUCCUCCGUUGAACCCACAAGAGGUAACCUCCCUCCUCCGCACUUCCCUCAUCCAAGCAAUCUGCACCACACUCUCCACACUCCCAUCCUCCACGUACCCUCUCCCCUCGACGACAUUCUACACGCAACAUAUCCUCCCUGCCCGACCCGCACACAUCCCCUCCUCCCAGACUCCAAUAGACAUCAAACACUCCACACACAAAAACCUCACUUCCUUCCUCCGUACCUGUGAGAAAGAAGGUCUUCUCAAGCUCAAAGAAUCUCGUGGCGGGCGCCCUGGAAAGGGUGGUACCGCCGGAGAUCCAGUCCAGAUUCUCAGCAUCAACAUCAACCACGUAGACGUCCAAGCCCAUCGCGUCUACCGCUCCAUCAGGGAGGUAGAAGCGAGACGGGAGAGGAGAGAAGAGAGGGAGGCACAGGAGGCGAAGAAACCGAAAGAGAUGAUCGUGACGGAACUUUGGAAGCCUCAUUUGGGGAGUGUGAGGGUAUUUGAGAGCGUUGGGCAGGAUACCAAAGCCCUAUACACUCUCCCCCAAAUAAAAGAAACCAUCAACUUAUACGUCUCGACCAACUCACUCGUUAACGCUAAUCAACAGCAGUUCGUUAACGUCGACGACCUCCUUCAGGAUGUCCUAUCUAGUAAAGGUGGAGGAGAAGUACCGGAAUUCAUGAAACGCGAAGAGUUAGCGAGGAGGUUAUCUGAGAAGAUGCAAGCUUGGUAUCGGGUUGAGGUUGAUGGGAAGGAGCCUGUCUUGAAAAAAGGCACCCUCCACCCAAUCUCAAUCACGAUCAAAAUCCGACAAGGUCGUAAAGCAUGUACACUCCUCACGCACUUCGAGCCGUUCCUUCUCUCCGCUGAUACUCUCGCUGAAGAGCUUCGCCAUCUUUGUGCGAGUGCCACGUCUGUUAACCCCCUUCCUGGAGGUGCAAAAGGAGGAGGGAUGGAAGUGAUGAUACAAGGCCGACAAACGAAGAUUGUGAAGGAGUUGUUAAUUGGGAAAGGUGUACCGGCCAAGUGGAUUGAGGAGAGUGAUUUGACUGUGGGGAAGAAGAAAUAAGUAUCCAAGAAGAUUAGAGAUUUUUACUUGUGUAUGGUGGUGUUUGAGGUAAGGAAGAUAGAGAUAGAGUAGAGUACUAGUAGGAUGUAUGUUAUCGCAUUUUCUUGAUAUGUGGGUGCAGUACAAGGAUUAGGAAACAAGGUCGAGGUAGAGGUAGAGGUAGAAAUAAGGAUAACGAAAU